CUAAGAACAUUGCCAUUUCCCAAGAGAAGAGGCAGGAAGAGGAAAGAAUGGCUCUUGGACUUCUUAAAGCCAUGUAUCAGGAGUUAGUGACCUUCAAAGAUGUGGCUGUAGACUUUUCCCGAGAGGAGUGGGAUUGCCUGGAUUCUUCUCAAAGGCAUCUGUACAGUAACGUGAUGUUGGAGAACUACAGGAUCUUGGUAUCACUGGGACUUUGUUUUUCGAAGCCAAGUGUGAUAUUAUUGUUGGAGCAAGGGCAAGAACCCUGGCUGGUGAAGACAGAGCUGUCGGAAGGCCUGUGCUCAGGCUGGGACUCUAUGUGUGCAACUGGAGAAUUAACCCCCAUGCAGGCCAUAUUUGAAGAAGAAUCAGCCCAGCAGCUAAUAGAAAAACGUACACGCUAUGGCCUUGAAUACUCCAGUAUAAAAGAAGAGUGGAGUUAUGAGCAUCAUUUUGAGAGGCAAACAGGAAAUCAGGAGGCCCGUUUUAAAGAAGAGGCAAUUGUUCAUGAAGAAACCCUUGCUGAUAACAAAGGGCUAGAGUCUGACAACUCUUGGAGAAGCUUCUAUCAGAACACACUGUUUCACGCACAACAGAUAAUUCCCAAGGAGGAAAAGGCACACAAACCUGACACAUACAAAAAAAGCUUUAAAAGAAAAUUAAUGGGCAGUAAGCCCAAGAAUGUCUAUGUAGAGAAGAAACUUUUGAAAUGUAAUGAUUGUGAAAAAGUCUUCAGCCAGAGCUCAUCCCUUACUCUUCAUCAAAGAAUUCACACUGGAGAGAAACCAUACAAAUGCGUGGACUGUGGAAAAGCCUUUAGUCAGAGAUCAAAUCUUGUUCAGCAUCAGAGGAUUCAUACUGGAGAGAAACCCUAUGAAUGUCAACAGUGCAGGAAAGCCUUCAGUCAGAAUGCACAUCUAGUUCAACACCUUAGAGUGCAUACUGGAGAAAAACCAUACGAAUGCAGGGUAUGUAGAAAAGCCUUUAGCCAGUUUGCCUACCUUGCUCAGCAUCAGAGAGUUCAUACUGGAGAGAAACCCUAUGAAUGUAUUGAGUGUGGGAAAGCCUUUAGCAAUAGAUCAUCCAUUGCCCAACACCAGAGAGUUCACACCGGGGAGAAACCUUAUGAAUGUAAUGUUUGUGGAAAAGCAUUCAGCCUUCGUGCAUACCUUACUGUGCAUCAGAGAAUACAUACUGGAGAGAGACCCUAUAAAUGCAAGGAAUGUGGAAAGGCCUUCAGCCAGAAUUCACACCUUGCUCAACAUCAGAGAAUUCAUACUGGAGAAAAACCUUAUAAAUGCCAGGAAUGCAGGAAAGCAUUCAGCCAGAUUGCAUACCUGGCUCAACAUCAGAGAGUUCAUACGGGAGAGAAACCCUAUGAAUGUAUUAAAUGUGGGAAGGCUUUUAGCAAUGACUCAUCCCUCACUCAACAUCAGAGAGUGCAUACUGGAGAGAAACCAUACGAAUGUAAUGUUUGUGGGAAGGCCUUCAGUUACUGUGGAUCGCUUGCCCAACAUCAGAGAAUCCAUACUGGAGAAAGACCCUAUGAAUGUAAGGAAUGCAAAAAAACCUUCAGACAGCAUGCUCACCUUGCUCAUCAUCAGAAAAUUCAUGUUGUGGAGUCACCCUCACCACCCAAUCUGGUUAGUCACCAAAUCCUAUAGCUCCUGUCUUUUCAAUUUAGAAUAUGUCUUUUUUUCUUUAUCUCUGAUGUUGCCAUGAUUCUUGGUAUG